CACGUUCGAGGCAGUUGCUUCUCAGUAACCUAACUAGAUUCACACGCAAAUCAAAUAUAUAUAUAUACAUAUAUAUUGUUGCUAUCGCGAGACUAGUUUAAGUAACUUACACUAAUAGGUGUAAUAUUGUUAAAAUAAGCCAACCACAAGUGUUCAAUUGUUUAAAAAAAAACCAGGAACUAUAAAGUAGCUCGAUAAAUUCCUCAUUUCAUCAACAAUUUCACCAGCCACAUCUAACAAUUCACAUAUUUCCGUUAUAUACUUGAACAUUAUCAUAAAAUCAUGAUGCAAGCAGCGCAGUACGCUUUAUUUACUAAAGCGAACAAACAAAUUAUAUCACUUAUUGUCGACGAGUUUGCCGAGGAACUAAAACAUAUUACUGGAAAAUGUAUGGAUGUUGGUUGUGGACCUGGAAAUACAACAAAAGAUAUUCUUCUUACGGCUCUUAAUCCAAAAGCAACAAUGAUCGGCACAGAUAUUAUGGCAAGUACGAUCGAAUACGCAAAUAAAAUGUACGAUGACAAGGAACGACUCAAAUUCGAAGUGUUGGAUAUUCAAACGAAAAACUUGCCGGAGAAAUAUAUUUCGAAAUUUGAUCAUAUAUUCUCAUUUCACACUUUGCAUUGGUGCCAUGACAUUCGCCAGACGUUUGAAAAUAUGUAUUGUAUGCUUCGACCUGACAAAACUAUGCUGAUAUUAUAUAUAGUUCGUCAUAGUUUUUUUGAAGUUUCGAAAAUUAUGGCGCAAGAUGAGCGAUAUGCAUCGUAUAUGGGGGACAAAGCAAAGUAUGUUGGGUCACUUCAUUAUUCAAUCCAACCUCGUGAAGAGAUAAUAGAAAUGCUUGAAGAUAUUGGAUUUCAAGUUAAUCAUUGCAGUCAUCGGAUAUUGAACUACAAGGAUAAUGCAGAAACAUUUCUAUCCAUGGUCACUUCACAAUGUACUUUUAACUUUUUGGACGACAUGCCGAAUAAUCUAAGAGUUGAAUUCAAGAAUGAAUUAGCACGUAAAUUUGCGGAAAUAAGAGCUAAAGAAUACGCAGAUAUUAUUCAAAAUAAUUUUAAGAUACAUAACGUAGAGAAGGAGAAAAAUGGAGAUGAUAUGCCUAUUGGAUAUACUGCACUGAUAAUUUAUGCACAAAAAGUUUCAUAAUUGUAUGAAUGAUCUUCAUGAUUAAUACGACAAAAAUGCGCAAAUUUGUUUCUUUUUCACGUAGUCUCUCGUUAUAAAAUGCUUGCAAAAUAUUUACUUGUAUUUCUUUUAUGGACUAAUCAAAAAAUUAAUAUUUGCAAAUUUACAUUACAAAGUAUACAAUUGCUAUUUGAGAUAUAGCUACAAUAUAAUAUAUGUCAUAUUAUUUUGUUUAAUUAUAUUAUAUUAAAUUUCAUAUUUAUAAAAUAAAUUAUAAUUAAUGGAUACUGCAUUUUAUGCACAUA